AUGAGCCAGGUCCGCAACAUCCACAGCGCCUUGUCGCAGAUCUCCCAGCCAUGGCAGCCCCACCGCCUCGUCACCGUCAACGAGCAAGAGGUCAAGGCCGUCAAGCUCCUGGGCGAGUUUGUAUGGCACGACCACCCCGUCGACGAGCUCUUCUUCGUCAUCGCGGGCGAGCUCGCCAUCGACAUGCGUCCCGCCCCCACGGCGGAGAACAGCGCACCAGAAGAGACCACCGUCCACCUCGGCCCGGGCGACAUGUACGUCGUGCCGCGCGGCGUCGAGCACCGCCCAAGGGCCGCACAGGAGGUGUCUGCCAUGCUCUUUGAGCCCCGCGGCGUGGUCAACACGGGCAACGCUGGCGGCGCGCUCACGUCCGCUGUCCACGAGCUGGAAUGA